CAUCGCUCCGCGGCGAUGGCGGCCGUGGCGGCGCGGCGGCGGACGGGCGGCGGGGAGCGGCGGCGGCAGAGCAGCGCACGGAGGAACGCGAGUCCGCGGGAGGCGCGCGGCGGGCGGCUGUGGGCCGCGUGCUUCGUCUCCGCCGCUCUCGUCGCGGCCGCCGGCGCCUUCCUGGCGUGGAGCUCCUGGAGCGCUGAGGACGGCGUCGCCGAGGUGUUGGCCGGGCGAGGGGAGACGCUGCUCGACAAGUUCGUGGAGGUGCCGUGCUCCGGGGACUACGACGGCUACCGGAGGUUUGAAGGGUGCACUCCCAGGAGGUGUGGAAGAGGUGUGAGUGAUGCAGUGAUCACCAGGGAGGAAGCAGAAAGAAUCCGUAGAAUAGCAGAGAGGGGACUGUCCUUGGGAGGAUCAGAUGGAGGGGCAUCAAUUUUGGACUUGCACUCUGGAGCUCUUUCACUAGGGAAGCAAUUUGUUAAUCUGUACAGGUUCUUUGGGGACAAAAUUCAAGACAUCUUCACAGAAGAGGAUUUUGCAUUAUAUCGUGAUGUGAGACAGAGAAUUCAACAGAAGAUUGCUGAGACCUUUGGUAUCAGCUCUUCUUCCAUGUACCUGACUAAGCCAACAUUCUUCUCUAGAAUAAACAGUACAGAAGCCAAGACAACACAUGAUGAAUACUGGCACCCACACGUUGACAAGGUGACUUAUGGCUCCUUUGAUUAUACGUCACUGCUCUACCUCUCCGACUAUGCUGAAGAUUUUGGCGGUGGACGGUUUGUGUUUAUGGAUGCAGGAUCCAACAAGACAAUAGAGCCCCAAGCAGGCCGGGUUUCCUUUUUCACCUCUGGAUCAGAGAAUCUGCAUCGGGUGGAAAAGGUUCACUGGGGCACUCGCUACGCCAUCACCAUCUCCUUCACGUGCAACCCAGAACACAGCAUUGGGGAUCCAGUCUUGAUGUAAUUCCUCCAGGGGUGGAACAUAAUGGUCAGAUGGAACAAGAGAAGCCCUGCGAGAGAAAUGGAGAUAACUCUUACAGACUCUCAUUCAAUUAGAAUUUCCCAGAUGUAUUAUGAUAUUGUAACACGUUUUAUUUCCACAUGUCCUUUUCAGUACGUGCUGCAAACAGUGCCUUAAGGACCAUCUUAGAUUUGGUAUCUUCUGUAAAAGAUUCGCCUUUAUGUGUAAUCCUAUGAUUGGCUCUUUAUUUUUCUACUUAUUUAUUUUGAUUCUUCAGUGUAAAUGUUAUGAACUAUUGGACUGUAUCUUGAUAUGACACCCCAUGCUGCUGUUAAAUCCUGCAGCUGCUUCUAUUACUGAUGGGAUUUAGGAAGUCUGACCAAAGUUAAUUCAUCAAGAUGAGUGCUAUCCUUUCAGAAAUAUUUCCUCUUGAUAGGAAUGUAUUGUCCUUAGCACAGGCAGUACACCUGUGGUUUGACUACUGGGCUUUACUUGAACUUUCUUUUAAAAUUAAAUUUCUACAGACAUUUUCUGCUACAGACAAGGACCAGUUAAUGUGACGUCAGAAAUACGGCCUUUUAGUUUGGAAAGCACAUUGCUUUUGAAUCACAAAUGCAGUGAUUUACGAGGGAACGGCACCACAGUGGAUUCCUCUGACCAGCAUGCAGCAUUCCCAAUGCACCUCACUAUGUCAGUGUCACCUUAAUGAAAACAAUUAAUCUCCUGGUCAGAAAGCACAUGCUGGCUUUAUGGGAGUGUGACCACUGAACUGCAUGCAUCAAGUGUUGAAAGGAGAGCUGGGUGGAGGUAGUCAGGCACUCUGUAUUCAGCCGAGUGUUCAGCUGUCCAAAUUCCCAGCUAUGACUGCAAGAUUUGAGAGCAGCACAGGUGAGAAGGAAGUUGGCUUUGUGGUGGUUUUGCAUGUGCUUGUCUCUAUAGACUUGAUCCUGUAAACCCUGACUUGCUGCUUGGACAGCUGGGUAAUGAAACCGUGCUGAGCAGCUGUGCAUGGUAUGUGGGCUCUGAGGGAAGUUGGUGUCCACUUACAUCUUAAACUGAAAUGCUCUUGAGCUGGAGCUCAUUUGUACAACAAUUUGAAACAUCUAUUUAUUGGGCCUGAAUUUAAUCUUAAGACCCAUUUGAACAGAGCUCUUGACUUCUGUUAUUGUUGACACUGCUUACACAUCGGGUGUAGUGAGCUGCUGUGUUUACUUUGUCUAAGAACAAUGCUUUAUCCGUUCCAGAAAGUUUAUCAAUAGCUUUUUUUGGAUUUCUCUAUUUUGAAUUAGGAUGACUAUUUCUAAUCAGCUAGGAUCAUUAGUCUGUGAUGUUAUUAGAAUAAUGAAUUGCCCUCUGCAGGGAGAAAGGGGUGACUGCGCUGCAGCACAAAUGAAGAAACAAAGCAGUGACUUGGGAAAGGUUUUUCUGGGCCACCACAUUAAGUAAAUAGUAGGAAGAAAGUCUUUUUUUCCUCAAAUUCUGAAGUAAACUGAGACCUGAGAAGGGCUUCCUAGUCUCCAAGGAGUUGUUUCAGUGGCUGGAUGAUAGGAAAAUAAUGCUGUUAUUUGGAUUCUGUAUCUAAUUACUUGUCUCCAGUGCUGUUAAUUCAAAGCAAAUUCAUCCCACUGAAGUUGUAUGUUUAUGUGAAGGCAGACCAAGAUCAUCAGCAACAGUUCUGCUGGCUUAAAACUUGAUUUCUAACACCACCUUGUGAUUUAAACGCGGUUUUUACCACUGCUGUCAGAGAAAUCUAAAUAUCAAUGGACCUCUGUGGAUUUGGAUUUGAUUCUCAAGGUUGAUGAAUAAAAACUGAGGGCUCUACCA